AUGAUAGCCUUUUCCGCACUGGCACUUGGCUUAUUGGCGUCGUUCCUAGACCAAACGUCGAUUUCCGUUAUCCAGCCUAAAAUCGCAGACGCCUUAAAUGCUCAAGCAACGGUUUCGUGGGCAGGCACCUCGCUCAUGAUCGGACAGACCUCGUUCCAAAUUUUAUCCGGACGGCUGUCCGACAUCUUCAGCCGCAAAGUGCUCCUGGUGUUCAGUCUGUGCCUUUUGAGCCUGAGCCAGUUGGCGACCUGUUUUUGCCGCACAGCCACACAAUUGUAUGUUUUUCGGGGUUUUGCCGGAGUAGCCAACGGCGGUAUCACCUCGCUGAGCAUGAUAUUUGUGAGCGACCUGGUGACUUUGCAGCAGCGUGGCAAGUACCAGGGGAUUCUGGGAUCCUGUGUGGGGCUCGGUAACGCCCUUGGUCCGUUUGUGGCGAGUGGAUUUGCAAGCAGUGUCAGCUGGCACGGGAAUUUCUAUUUCCUGUGUCCGCUCACCGCGGUCAUCGCCGUUGUCAGCGCGGUGUUUGUGCCCUCGCCUCCAGACUUCCAGAUCAAAUGGUCUAAUUUCAAGAACAUCGACUACUACGGUUUUUUCACGAGCUCCAUUGGAAUCAUCCUGUUCUUAGUUGCUAUUUCGGGCGGCGGAAACACGUACGAGUGGGACUCGCCGCUGGUGAUCAGUCUGCUCACCAUCGGCGGAGUGUUUUUCCUGAUAUUCCUGUUCACACAGUGGAAAAUCUCCCGCCUGCCAAUGAUGCCUCUCAGGGUGUACAAAACACCGAGCGUUGCAAUCAUGAUGACGCAGAACUUCUUAUUCGGAAUGGUGUUCUUCGCCAACAUGUACUUCAUGCCGCUCUACUUCCAGCUGGUGCGGGGAUGGAGCUCCUACCAGUCCGCGUGUCUGACGCUUCCCAUGGUGGUUGUGCAGGCGCUGACCAGUACGAUCUCGGGAAUUUUGAUUUCACAUUUCCAGCAUUAUAAUUUCAUUAUUAUUCCAGGGUUCGGACUCUGGCUACUGGGGCUGUGUCUGGAGUUUGCGCUUUUCACCAAAUCAGUCCCAAUGGUGGGGAUCUGUUUCAUCGUGGUUGUCCAGGGACUUGGAGUCGGGUCCGUGUUCCAGCCCACCAUCAUUGCGCUCCAGGCACAUACCCGUCUGCCCGAUCGAGCAGUGGUGAUUGCGACUAGAAAUUUCAACCGUUCUGUCGGUGCUGCCGUCGGCAUGGCUUCGUGCUCGGCAAUCAUGUCCAACCAGUUCCGCAGCAAGCUGCGCUCGUCAAAUGUUGGAUUGACCAGCGAACAGAUAGAAGAGUUGAGCAAACACAUUUACGCAAUAGACUUGACCGUUUAUAGUCCCGAGGUCCAGGAUAAGUUGCGCGACAUCACUUACCACGGACUGCGCACGGUGUUUAUUUUCUUUAUCCCGCUAAUCGGAGCCUGCUUCCUGUUAGGGUUCCUGAUUCGAGAUCGCGGGUUGCGGGGAGUUGGCGAAAAGAAAGAGCCGCAAAACUCGACGGAAAGUGAGCAGAGCAAAGAACAGGAGUCUGACGAUGAGCAGAGCCAGGAUGAACAGAGCCGCGACGAGCAGGGAGAGGAUACCACGGAACGCAAGUAA